CGCAGCCAGCGCAGCUCCGCCGGCAGCCGCAGAACCGCUUGUGUCCUAUCCCGGCACCAGAGCCCUCUGCAGCGUGUUCCAGCUCCGCUCCCACCCACAUGGGCAGCCCAUUGAGAAAAAUGGGCAUCCUCCAUGUGAGCUUCCAGUCCCUCCAGAAGCCUUUUGAGAAGAAGCCCUCCAAGGGAGGCUACAAGAAGUGAGGGGAAAGCGACCAGGGGAAGUGGACAACGUGAAGCAGAAGCCUACAGGACGGCAUUAGAGGACAGUACACAUUCCAGGGAGAGGAGCAAAGUCGGCUUUGCCAACCAGGCUGAGAGAGGAGCAAGGUGGAUGGCAAUCACAGGCAUCCCCACAGCAGCUCUUACCAUGGUAGCAGGAAAGCAUGCAGGCACCAGGAUGGGUGUGCUGCCACAGUGGUGUGCCAAGAACCUGCUGCCCGCGCUGGCUUUACUGGAGGCUGUUGGGACCCUGGCCCUGAUGUGCUACGCUCUGCUGUACGAGGCCGGGAACCUGGUGAACCUCCCUGACAAAUGCAUUGGCUUUUACAACUUCUGCCUGUGGAAUGGUACAGCUGGGCAGCUGCAGUGCCUGGACACCCAGCAUCUGCAGGCCAUGGGCAUCAGUCUACUGCAACUGGGACUAGCCAGGGUUUGUGUGUAUACCUGCCUGGUCUUCGUCCUCUUCCACAUCCCUUUUGUUUUAAAUGUGAAUUCCACAUUUAAAGGGCAGGGAGAGGGAUGGAAGAUGAUUCGCAUCAUACUCUUCAUCAAGAUGAUAAUCCUGUCUGGAGGCCUGGGUAUGUUUCUUUUACAAACCUCACACUGGAUUCACCCCUCUGAUUUCACUGGAGGCUUCCUGGCACUGCUUGGGACUCAGGCUCUGCUACUGCUCCAGAUUCUCACUGUCACUGUGUACCUCAGCUGGACCAAGCACACACAUAUGUGUCAAAACCUGUUAACUGAGGAGGCCCUGCUAACUAAGAUUUGACAGUGAAGAAGAUACAAGAGCUAUUGGUAACAUGAUUUAAAAUUGUAAUCCAUAUACAGCUUUACUCCCUAGCAAAAAUCUGAUUCCCAGUCCAA